AUGUCUGGCCUCCCGGAUCGCCCAACGCCAAUGCCUCAAAGCAUGUACGAGGAAAUCUAUGGUGCUUCCCUUGUCUCAUGUCAGGUCAUGUUGGCGCUGUAUGGAAUCGCUAGUCUUCAGGCAAGUCCGGAUUUCCGCUGCUAUCCCAAAGAUUCCCUCCGAAUGAAAACACUGGUUGGCUCUAUUUGGGUUCUCGCUACCCUCCAUGCAAUCUUCCUUUCUCAUACGGUCUGGCAUUAUUCGGUCAAAAGCUACACUCGUCCAGAAAUCCUGCCCGAUGGCGAAUGGUCGGUUUAUGCUGGGGUUACAGUCGGGAUCUUCAUUUGCUUCGUCCUUCAAAUAUUCUUUGUUCGAAUGAUCUACUUGAUGACGAAACGUUGGCGGAAACUACUAACCGGCACUAUGAUACUCCUUCUCGCCGCGCAAACGGGAUUCGGUGUUUAUUUCGCUUACAGCUUGUUCCACUUGUGGGACCUACUUCGUCUCCACGAAGCUGUUUUCACUGCAAUGGUCCCGUAUUACAUCCUCAGGGUUGUGCUAGAUGCAACGGUCUCAGCAACCCUGUGCAUCAUCCUGUAUGACGCCCGUGGCUUUACCAAGUCGAUGAAACUGAUCAAAACACUGCUGGUAUAUUCGAUGAAUCGGUUCCUUCUCACGACCAUCGUCGUCAUUGCCCAAACAAUCAUCCUCAUUGCGAAGCCCGAAAGUAUAUGGGCAAUGGUCAUAGAGUUCAUCAGCGCCCAGCUAUAUGUCAACAGCUUCCUAGCUAUGCUCAACUCUCGAAAUCGGCUUCGCAACAUCGGUGGUCAAGAGUCCGUCUACGUCUACUCUAAUAGUCGACAAGGCGUCAGCGCAGUCAGCGUCCCGCGGUUCAAGCGCGAAAGUUAUGGAGAGACUCAACGAGGCGAAGAAGACAAGUACCCUGCUUCAGAUGCAAUUAGUGGCAUCAGAGUCGGCACAGAAACCGUCGCUCUCUCCGACUUUAGCUUAGAAGCCAAAGCGGAGGCGAAUCGUGCGGCUCUUGAGCGUGCGUAG